CUUCGGACGGCUCGUGCGCGUUCGCCUCGCUUCGCCUGCGUUCGUCGCGUUGUGACUUUUGUAAAUUUCAAGCUGCCUUCGCGCCCCGCGUACGAGUCCGUUCGAUUGCAAACUGACAUUUCAGUCUGUCGCGUGUCACGGAAUAAGAAGGAUCAGCCGUAACGAUAUCACGACACUUGUCGAAUGACGGGACGAAGAUACUGAACGACGUAUUUGCUUCGUGUCGAUACCGUGGAAGCGACGUGAUGCGAGGAACCGUCGACGAGAGGAUCGGCAAACCGGAAGGUCUGGAGAUCGAGGAACCGGAGGUAAAAGUCCCCGAUGGCAACGCGUCCCGUGCCCAAUGGGGUCGCGAUUUGGAGUUCCUGUUCUCCUGCAUCGCAUUUUCGGUCGGUCUCGGUAACGUCUGGAGGUUUCCUUACACGGCGUACGAAAAUGGCGGCGGAGCAUUCCUCAUCCCUUAUCUGGUGGUGUUGUUCGUGAUCGGCAAACCUUUCUACUACAUGGAGAUGAUACUCGGACAGUUCAGCAGCAAGUCGUGCGUGGGCGUCUGGUCGGUGUCGCCGGGUUUCAAAGGUAUCGGCGUCGGCGUUACCUUGGCCACCUUCUGUCUGACGACCUACUACUGCGUCCUGAUGGCGCUCACCUUGUUCUACCUGAUAUCGAGCUUCCAGACCGUACUGCCGUGGAGCGAGUGUUGGGACGAAUGGGGCGACAGAUGCCUGAACUUUUCCACGUCCGCGGACAACUUCACGGCGAACAACGCGACCCGCUCCAGUUCGGCGGAGCUUUAUUUCACGUCGGAAGGUCGUUCUCCACGAGAUAAACGACAUAAGCGGUGGCCUGGGAACGCCCGGCUGGAAACUGGUGCUCUGCUUGAUCGGAAGUUGGUCCGCGGUGUUCUCCGUGCUCUCCAGGGGCCUCAAGGGUACCGGAAAGGCCUCCUACUUUCUCGCGCUCUUCCCCUACGUUAUACUGAUAACGUUGUUCGUCAAGGCCGUCUCGCUACCGGGCGCCAUAGACGGCAUAGUCUUCCUCUACAAACCGAAUUGGGAGAAGAUAAUGGAAGCGCAGGUCUGGUACGCGGCGGUUACGCAGGCUUUCUUCUCGUUGGGCGUUUGCUUCGGCGCCGUCACCAUGUACUCGUCAUACAACAACUUUCGCCACGACGUUCACAGGGACUGCUGGAUCGUGACCACUCUGGAUUUGUUCACCAGUCUCCUGGCGGGUACCACGAUAUUCGGGAUACUCGGGAAUUUGGCCCACGAAUUGGGCUACGACGACAUAACGACGGUGGUACGCGGCGGCACGGGACUCGCCUUCAUAUCCUACCCGGAAGCGUUGGCCAAAUUCUCCUUCGCCCCUCAACUCUUUUCCGUCAUAUUCUUCCUCAUGCUUUUCGUCCUGGGACUCGGCAGCAACGUGGCAUUCUGCAACGUCGUCAUAAGCGUGAUAACCGACAGUUUUCCCCGAGUAAAAAACUGGCUGGCAGCACUCGCGGUCUCCGUCACCGGCUGCACCAUCGGACUGAUUUAUUGCACACCGGGGGGGCAGCACAUGCUGAAUCUAGUCGAUUACUUCGGUGUUACCUUUACCAUAACUUGCCUGGCCGGAUUCGAAGUAGUAGCGAUUUCCUGGGUAUACGGUGUCGACAAUUUCAUGGACGACGUGGAAUUUAUGAGCGAAAAAAGACCCUCGAUCUACUGGCGUAUAUCCUGGGGAUUUUUGACGCCCGUCAUGCUGUUCACGGUACUCGUCUACUUCGUAUUGAACAUAAAACCGCUCACCUACAACGACGGGGAUUACCCGACCUCCGCAAUAGUCGCUGGAUGGGCGCUGCUGUUUGUCUUCGUGGGACAAUUUCCCGUCGCUCUGACUUACACGAAAUUAAAAAACAAAGACUCCACCUUAUCCGACAUAUUCAGACCCACCAGCGGAUGGGGACCGAGCGAUCCGGAGCUGAAGAAGAGGUGGUUGGAAUUCAAGAAAAUUAAACAACACGAUCGUUCCUGCAGGAAGCUGGAAUCGACCCGCGCGAGGAUAAUCGCUUUACUGACCGGCAGGUGACGAUCGCCGAUCGUUCCGAAAAACGUCUUUCUGUUUUUUUCGUUGUUUUUUUUUUUUUAUCCUUCCCUCGUUUUUGGUUAAUAAAAAAUGUUCGUCUCGA